CAAUGCCAUCUCUUGUCUUAGUGGCCCUACCCACCAAGUUUAUGCCUUCUAUAAGUAUAGUGACAUCACAACGGCCCUCAUAUCUUGUACAAAGAGCGUGCAGAGGCUGUGAAGUGAAAGGCAAGAGAUGUAGAUUGAAGAACAAUAAAUCAGAAACUGAGUGCGGCCCCAAAAUUAAUAAAGGUGCAUUAUCAAAGUCGGCGAUUACUGGUGUCAUCAUGGGUUCAUUUCUAUUACUACUAGCUCUUUGUGCUCUUUACCGUUUUUAUACAUACGACAAAGUAGAAAAAAAACAUCAAGCAAAUAUUGAAAAGUUUUUGGAGGAUUACAGAAAUUUCAGACCCACGAGAUACUCGUAUGCCGAUAUUAAAAGGAUUACAAAUCAAUUUACUAAGAAGUUGGGCGAAGGAUCAUAUGGAAUAGUAUUCAAAGGAAAGUUUUCCAAUGAAAUUUAUGUUGCAGUGAAGAUCCUCAACACUUCCAAAGGAAAUGGAGAAGAAUUCAUAAAUGAAGUAGGUAUAAUGGGUAGGAUCCAUCGCAUUAACGUGGUUCGCUUAGUUGGCUUUUGCGCUGAUGGAUUUAGACGAGCUUUAGUUUAUGAGUUCUUACCAAAUGAUUCACUAGAAAAGCUCAUAUCUUCAUCGGCCGCUAAGAACUCUAUCCUUAAUUGGGAUAAGCUGCAAGAUAUUGCUCUUGGUAUAGCGAAAGGAAUUGAAUAUCUUCACCAAGGAUGCGACCAACGAAUCCUCCAUUUUGAUAUCAAACCUCACAAUGUUUUGCUAGACCAGAACUUCAAUCCAAAAAUAUCUGAUUUUGGACUUGCCAAGUUGUGUUCAAAGGAGCAAAGUGCAGUGUCCAUGACCACAACAAGGGGGACUGUGGGUUACAUUGCACCCGAAGUAUUCUCUAGAAAUUUUGGAAAUGUGUCUUCUAAAGCAGAUGUUUAUAGUUUUGGAAUAUUGUUACUUGAAAUAGUUGGAGGGAGGAAAAAUGUUGAUGUUAUAAUUGAUAAUUCCAGCCAAGUCUACUUUUCAGAAUGGAUCUAUAAUCUCUUAGAAGAAAAAGAAGACAUACGAAUCUUUGUUGAGGAUGAUAGAGAUGCUAAAAUUGCAAAGAAACUAGCAAUUGUAGGACUCUGGUGCAUCCAAUGGCACCCAGCAGAUCGUCUUUCCAUGAAAGAUGUAGUUCAAAUGUUGGAAGGAGAAGGAGAUAAAUUAACUAUGCCUCCCAAUCCCUUUGCUUCUGCAGGCCCACUAAAAAUUAAUGCAAAUAUACCUACAAAACGUCUACACCAUGAGUUGGAGGUCAUCCCAGAAUUAGAAUAAUUGUAUGUAAACUUGGCGUAUGUGAUAACUAUCUGGGUUGCAAUAAUCUUGUACCUCUUAAUUAGAAGUUAUUAAUCUUGUGGACUUGGAGUCAAUGCAGCGACUUCAAGUUUUUUCUUGUAUCAAUGUAAGAGUAAUUUGGAGAUUAUAAAAAUGUACGUACC